GCACGCGUCGCGCGCCACGGCCGUGGUUUCGGACCUGCAGGGGAAGGCUUCCGCGAAGGCCCACGAGGGCGCCUCCGGCAAGGCCUCCGGCAAGGCCUCCCGCAAGGCGCCGGGCGCGUCCUGCGUGCACCUCCCGGGCGUGCGCCUGGCGGACCCGGAAG